AUGCAGAAAUACAGAGACGCGGUACUGAGAACCUUGCGCGAAUUCGAGGGAUAUGAAAUACACCAGGUACCAAGAGAGCAGAACGCUGACGCCGACAUGCUCUCAAAACUAAGUACCGGAGUCCCCAGCCACAUCAGGAAGAUCGCUCGGCUAGAAGACCUCGAGACUUCAAGCAUCGAUGUUUCAUGGGUCUUCCUUGUGCAGACUAGGGAGCCAUGUUGGAUUGACCAUAUCAAGCGAUACAAGGCAGAGGGCGCUUUACCGCAAGACGAGGCAGACGCAACGGUAACAAAGUUACGGGCACCCAGCUACGUUGUCUCGGGCGAUAAGCUAUACAAACGCUCCUACAACGGCACGUUAUUGAGGUGUCUAUACCCAGAUGAAGCCAAGUUGGUGAUGAAAGAAGUCCACGAGGGGGUAUACUCCGCGCACCAAGGGGCGUACACCAUCGCACGACGCAUCAUGUUACAAGGGUAUUUUUGGCCCAAAAUGUUAAGGGACUGCGCCGAGUAUACAAAGCGAUGUCCCAAGUUCCAAGAAUUCCAGGCACUACCAGGUCGACCUGCGACAAAUUACAGCCCGGUAAGCACCGCGAUUCCUUUUUCAAGGUGGGGAAUUGACCUGGUAGGGGCCCUUCCCACGAGGACUGGAAGCAGGAAGUACAUCAUUGUGGCCAUCGACUAUUUCACAAAGUGGGUGGAAGCCGAGCCCUUGGCGAGCAUCACUGCAGCAAGGUGCAAAAGGUUUGUUGAGAAAAAAAUCUUGUAUUGUUUCGGUAUCCCUCUCCAGGUAAUCACAGACAAUGGUCGUCAGUUCGUGGCACGAGAAUUUUCAGAAUUCCUAGCAGGAUGGAGCAUUAAGCAUAGCCGAGUGGCGGUAUCUUAUCCUCAGGCGAAUGGGCAAGUGGAGAAUGCGAACAGAACCAUCCUCGACGACCUCAAGAAAAAGCUAGAAGUAGCCAGCGGAGCCUGGGUGGAAGAACUCGACGGCAUCCUCUGGGCCUACCGCACAACACCAAGAAGGGCCACCGGAGAAACCACGUUUGCACUCACUUAUGGAUUCGAAACUCAGGCCCCGGUGGAAGUGAUCAUACCUAGCAGAAGGGUAGAGGAGUUCGAGUAA